AUGGCAUCGCGGUGUGGAUACUGCGCCGGCCUGUCAAUCGAGCGGCUGGUAGACUUGGCCAAAACGGAAUUCUCGGCUCACGCCUUCCCCCAACGAGCAUUCUACCAACAUCACCCGUCAUUUGGCGACGUGGAGCAGUCGGCGACGGGUGGCUGCGACUUGUGCCAACUCAUCCUAGAAUGCUUUAGGGGCACCCCCUGGGAUGACUGCUCGUUCUGGCCGUCGGGUUGGGAAGGCCCGCGUCUCGACAUCGACAAGUCGGCGUAUGCAGCCGCCAAGCAGCUCGACGUGUCCGAUGUAAAGCUCUGCAUCAACACAGACCACGUAUGGUCGUCCCAGCCGCUCGAAAGCGUAAGCCUCUUCAACAAGCUUCUUGUCCAUGUCGGCCCUAUCCAGGAGGAUGAUGAAGAGGACAGCGAUUGGCCAUUUCCCUUUCUGUCCCUAGCUCUCAGCACCCCUCGAGACGUGAGGGUCGCCAUAGACAACUGGCGCAUCGGCCGGCUGCAGGUAGACCCCCAUCUCGGAGCACCUGUCAACCACGCCAUUGCAAGGAAAUGGCUUCAAGACUGCGAAACCCUGCACCCCGCUUGCUCAACCGGCCAAAUCCCUGAGCUGCCGACACGAGUCAUCGAUGUUGGGACGGACGAGGACGCGCCUGAAGACGCACGUCUUGUUUUGUCUGAGGGGAGAAGGGAGAGAUACGUCGCACUCAGCCAUUGCUGGGGCGGCCCGAUCACCACCCUGCUGACAACCGACACAUAUUCCGACUUCCAAAUUGCCCUGCCCCACGCGGACUUGCCCGCAAACUUCCGCGACGCCAUCAUCAUCACCAGAGAACUCUCCAUCCGCUACCUGUGGAUCGACUCGCUCUGCAUUCUGCAGGACUCCAAGCUUGACUGGGCGGCGGAGUCGAAAAAGAUGGGCACUAUCUACCGCGACUCUGCCGUCACCGUUUCGGCCGUCGUUGCACACAAUAGUGCUGUGGGCAUCCUCGACCCAAGGCCAAUGUACAGGUCGACGCCCGCACCCACAACACUCCGCGUCUACGAGGACAGAACCCGGCGGGAAGAAGUGAGGGUAGAAUGGGUAGACGCGGAAGACGAGUGUCUGCGGAACUUGGCUCUCAGAGGCCCAUUGUUCACCCGGGCAUGGACCCUGCAAGAAUUCAUCUUGUCGUCAAAGCAUGUUCUCUACGGGAAUCGGCAGAUGUACUGGAGGUGUCCAGCCGGCUUCAAAUCUGCCGACGACAGCCCCGGCGACAACAAAUUCCCAACAGAAUCGUAUCACGCCCUAUCUGACGUCGUGCAUUUUAAUCCUCUGGAGAAGCUAGCACAUGAUGGCCCUUUGAGUCGCGAGGCCUGUUUGGACGACUAUUAUGACCUGGUUGUCGAAUAUUCGAGUCGAAACAUCACCUUUGACUCUGACAAAUUCCCUGCUUUUUCCGGUGUUGCUCAGCGUCUGCAGCCGGUUAUUGGGGGCGACUAUCUGGCCGGGCUGUGGAGUAGUGACUUUUGCCGUGGCCUUCUCUGGUAUGCUGGCGUAGGUCAGUGUAUCCAUGUGCCGCAGUAUCGUGCACCGUCAUGGUCGUGGGCUGUGAGCAACGACGAGGUCCUGUUCGGCAACAACAGGGAAGAUCCGCUGCUGCCAAGCGGGCACAAAGCUCAGCUCGUUGGAUACUCUGUUGUGCUGCAAGACGAGACAACCCCAUUCGGAGAGCUCACCUCGGCCUAUCUCGUUCUCAAAGCGCCUACCAAGACCCUCGUCCGGAGCUCUCAAGUUGUCUCGUCAUACCAGCUUGAGGGCUCUGUCGGCCUGGGCUACUUCGAUGAGCCCAACCGGCAUGUUGCCGACGACGAGACAAGCGUCAUAUCGACAACGACAGACUUAUUUAUGAUAGAGAACGAUAGCGCUUCCGAUGAGGACUAUAUUUUAUCAGUCAUUACUCGAUAUGGCGAGGAUGGCCGUCACUUCGAGAUUGACUUUGACCUGUUCGACGACGUGGAGCUUGUUGUUAUGCUGGUGCACGCCCGCGACCGCACACCCGAUGCGCUGCCCGAGGAGACAGUGCCGGCACAGUGCCUAGUACUCCGGUCGCUCCCAGGCAAAGGAGAGAACACGUAUGAGCGGGUAGGCUACGCUGCACUUCGUCUCGCCGAAGGCGGCAUGCGCUGGCUUGAGACUUGGGAGAGCCGCGAGUUGAAGUUGGUGUAG